AUGAGGCUGCGCCCCGAGACGUGCUGGCUGCUGCUCUGGCUGCCGUCUCUGGCCGCGCAGCCCGCGGGCGCCGAGCGCUGGGAAGAGGAGGCGGCAGCCGUCUCAGUUUCUAGGUGUAAAACUUUGAAGGAGAUGGAUUUAAUUAAAGCUUCUCUGUCAGACUGUUACUGCUACAAUCAAAAUUCCCAAGUGAAAUGGAAGUAUAUAUGGUCAACUGUGCAGGUGAAAAUUACCAGUUCAGGCCUGCUCAGUGUUGUAUAUAUCACAGAAAGGUAUAAUUGCCAGUAUCCAGAAACCAUUCUAUCCAUCAUCAAAUGUAUGAUUCAUAACUUUUGGACACCAGAGGAGUCUAAUGAUAUAACCAUAAUCAUCCAUCCAUAUGGAGAGACUGUCUGUUUCUCUGUGAAGCCAGCCAGGAAGACAUUUAUCUAUACAAUAAGUGUGAAACAAAACAUUGUGGAUUUCAAACUGUUCUUUGUGUUUGUGGUGGGCAUCCUCCUCUUCUUUUAUGCAAAGACCUUGAGUCAAAGCCCUGCUUUCUUCUACUCUUCGGGGACUGUGCUAGGUGUUCUAAUGACAUUAGUCUUUGUCCUGUUGCUGGUGAAAAAGUUCAUUCCUAAGUAUAGCACCUUUUGGGCUCUAAUGCUCGGUUGUUUGUUUGCUUCACUUUAUGUUGUGGGGCAACUGAUGGAAGAGCUGAAGAGACUGUGGUAUGAAAGCAGAAUAUGUGUAUUAGGCUACGUCCUGACACUUGGCUGUGUCAGCUUUGCUGUUUGCUACAAGCACGGGCCCCUGGUGGAGGAGAGGAGCGUGGUGCUCCUGGCGUGGCUGCUGCGGCUUCUGUCCUUGCUCCUGGUGUACGCGGGGGUGUCCGCGCCCCAGUUCGCCUCCACGGCCGCCCUGCUCCUCAUCCUGUCAUCCGGGAGUCGGCGCUAUCUGCGGAGCGCGCUCACCUGUGUCGGGAGGAAAAUGAAGAAAUGGUUUACAUCAGAGAAGCCGGCGGUGAAGUUUCUUACUGAAGACGAAUACAGGGAACAAGCUGAUGCUGCCACAACCUGCUCCCUGGAGGAGCUCCGCCAGGCCUGCCGCAACCCCGGCUUCCCAUCCUGGCUGGCUGUCUCCAGGCUCCAGGAACCGAAAAAGUUUGCAGACUUUGUUCUCGGAGGAAGCCACUUGUCGCCUGAAGAAGUGAGGCUCCAUGAAGAACAAUAUGGCCUUGGGGGUGCCUUCUUGGAAGAGCAGCUCUUUAACCUGAGAACUCGUGACAGUCUCCCUGCACAGUGA